GGAUCCCUUUAAGAAUCCUGGUCCAAGCUUGCCUGACGAAAUCCAAGGGCGGAUAAGACAGAGAGAGAGAGAGGGGCGGCCAUUUCUAGAGGUUUUCUUGGACUUCUUUUGUUCGCGGUUUUUUGCUCGGAAUAUGAGGGUCGUAUCCACUCCCACUGUCAUGCAUUGUAGCAUGGGCACAGAGAUUGGUCCGUCUUUACAUGGGAAGUACGUGAAAAGUUUUCUUCCUCAGUAUAAGGUGGAGUAUAGGACCAUAUUGGACUUUGGCAAGUCCAUGGCAACCCAUGUGUCACAGCUAGAUGUCAUUUCUCAUUCUUUAUUUACCAAUGGAAUUCAUGGUUUAGAUUCUACAAGAUCUAUUUUGGGAAGAAGAAAAGGAAUUCAAUGCUCGGCAAACUAUGGUGAUUUGAGUGCAGUUACUCUAUUAAUGUCUUCCCGAAAGCGUUCUCGCCGACCACUUCAGGCAAUCAGUGGGGACUUGGAUGGUGGUGUCAGCAAAGAUAACUUGACCUCAGAUGAGCAGACAUUGGAGCAGGAACUACAGAAUGCCAUUGCUGAAGAGAAUUACUCAUUAGCAGCAAAACUUCGGGAUGCUCUUCGGGUCCUGCAUGAAGACAAUAGAGCAGCAAUCCUUGCUGCAAACAGUCGUUUCUAUGAUGCAUUUUGCAAAGGUGAUCUAGCUGCUAUGAGUACGAUAUGGUCGAAAGGUGACCAUGUCCAAUGUGUACACCCUGGUGCAGGAAGGAUUUGUGGAUAUGAUCUUGUUAUGGAGAGCUGGGAAUUGGUUUCCAAUGCUGACAUUGAGUUCCCACUGAAGAUUGAAUUGCAAAACACAGAGGUGUAUGUUAGGGGUGAUCUUGGUUAUGUGACUAGCUUGGAAGUGGUUAAGACCAAAGGUAGCAGUUGGGGAAGGCAGGUUGCCACUAAUGUGUUUGAGAAGGUUAGAGGACAAUGGCUUCUUUGUAUUCACCAUGCAUCACAUAUCGGUGUUUGAUCAUUUUAUGGACGAGAGGGUUUAGAAGACUCCUGCUGCAUACAAGGGAUCUUUCGGGUUCUGGUUUGUAGGGGGGUGGGGGAGAAUUUGUGCAUUUGUUGUAUAAGAAUGAAAGUAAAGCUAGUGUAAGCAGACAUUUGUUGCAUUCAAUUUUGAGAUUUGCUUCAUGUAUCGUGUAAGUGUCAAAUUGCUUAAAUAUUGAAAAGUCUCUGUCUGCGUUUGGCAAUGACCAACCAAGCUGGGAUUUGGUGCCAUUUUAUUGGUGAGGUGGGCCUUUUCUUUUGAACAGAAUCUGAAGCAAAAUCCGGGCCCAACUCUGUCCAAAAGCAGCAGCGGACCUCUUUCCAUGUAUUUCUUCUAUCUAAGGUGUGACACUAGGGUCCCUGAGGUCGAUCUGAGAUCUCAGGCCCUUUCCCCUUUUGGAUAUCAGAUUCAUGGUUUCUCAAUGUAAAUCUACGUGUUGUUUAAA